CUUCACUUGUGUUUAGGCAUCCGGGAAAGUUGUUUCUCUAAUAUUCUAAACCAUGUUGUUACUCCUUAUCUUGGGUGCUUGUCUUGCUUCCACGCACGCAUCUCCAGAUUGGGACUACAGAGAUACUUCCCAGUGGUGUGACAGUUUUCCGACUUGUUGUCCCUCAUCCGUUCGACAAUCUCCGAUUGACAUCAUUGAAAGCAACGCUGUCCCCCAGAGCUAUCCAACAUUUGAAGUAACUUUUGAGACUGAUGGACCUCCAAGUGCUGUGGAAGGAAUAUUAUCAAAUAAUGGUCACACAGUUCAAUGGAGCGUUGAUACGAGCAAGAACAAUAUAGAACUCGCGAAAGGACCCCUUGGCUCGGAUACUUACCAGUUAGCCCAAUUUCAUUUCCAUUGGGGACGAACCCAAAGGACCGGAUCUGAGCAUGCUCUUAACGGAAAAUUUUUUCCGGCAGAGGUCCAUUUCGUUCAUUACAAUAAGAAAUAUAACAGCCUGGCGGAAGCAGCAGGAAAAUCUGAUGGGUUGGCUGUCGUAGGAAUUUUCAUAGAGGUGGAAGAAGCCAAAUCCGUAAUUUUCCAGUAUAUGGUAAAGGCACGAAUCUAACCUCAAAAAAUAACC